GGACCUCCGUCUAUAGCUUAUUCAGUGGAUCAUAUUUAUCCGAAAUCCGCAACUCAUGAUGUCACUGUUGUUGUGUACGGUGAACUUGGCACGAAAAGUUGGUUGGAAAUGCAUAAAGCUGCAAGUGCGUUGGCUAGGAACAAUAAAGCAAAAUAUAUUUUGCGUCAUUGGACAAAGGUAUGAGGCUUUGAGGAGAUCGAGUGAUCAUCUGUUGAGUUACCGCAUUCAUAAUGAGUAG